AUUCUAACUUGUCUCAUCUCUCGUAUACCAAACCACCCACGGUGACAUAAAACUACGCUUGCUAACUAAUAUCAUCUGUACAUUGCAUUUUCUGUCUUCAAAAUCCUUUGAUCUUCUAACUGAAGCCUACUGCCAGAUUGAACUAGAAGAUACCUUUUGUUUUGUCUUCAUUUCAUUGCUGUCAGCAAACAUCAUCAUGCAUGUUGGAACAAAAAAGAACAUUCGUCACAACCCAAACAAAUCAAAUUAGGGUUGUAUCUAAGUACAAUAUCUAAUAUUAAUAAUUGCACGGCCCCGAUCUCGCCACGCAUUGGGAUGCACAGUUACACCCGUGCUCUCUCCCGCAGCAGAAUACAGUAAUAGUCGGUCUCCCUUGUUCUCCAACACAAAAAAGCGCCUCCUCCUUUUUCCCUUCCUCUCCAUCACAAGUCUCUGUUUCAAAAAUAAAAAAAAAUAUCUUAUUUUUUUUAAUUAAUUCUGUUAGUAAGUUUAGAUCAACCCAUUUAUUUAAUUAUAGUUGUAUUUAUUGCUAUUAUUAUUAUUAUUAUUAUUAUUCGUUGAUCAGCUUACUGUUUUUUUCUUGAUUUUUUUUCAGCUUAAGUUUGAUUGUUUCUGCGUAGAUCAAAUAAAGUUUUAUUUUUUGAUAUUUUUUUUGGUGAUUUAGUAUGUGCUCAAGUAACUCUUUGUAUACAAAUCCAAAGCCCUGCAAGCAUCUUGCAGAUUACAAGGUGAAAAAUGGUUUAUGUGGAUAUAGUUUGAUCCAAGAUUCUUUUAGGACAACUCCGUAUGGCAAGACAACAUUGGAAUUGUCGAAAUUAGAGACAAAACCCAGAUGUAGUAUUUGUAGUGGAUGUUGUAAGGGGAGAUUAUACAUGUGUUUGAUGUGUUCGUCAGUGGUGUGUUGUUUGUCACCUGAAUCAAAUCAUGCUCUUUUGCAUAGCCAUAAUGAGAAUGGGCAUGAGAUUUUAGUGGAUGUAGAAAGGGGUGAGCUUUAUUGCUCUGUGUGUUGUGAUCAGGUGUAUGAUCCUGAUUUUGAUAAGGCUGUGAUGUGUAAACACUUAAUGGGGUUCUCAAGAAUUGAGAAUGGGGUUGAGGGGAGUGAGUUGAGGUUGAGUAAGAGGAGGAGGUUGAGUUUUGGGAUGGAUUUGGAUUCGAAAAAUAUGAAGAGAUUGUUUUUUCGGAGGGAUCAUAAGUCGAAAUCGUGUUUUCCCUUAGGAUUAAGGGGUUUGAAUAAUUUGGGGAAUACUUGUUUCAUGAACUGUGUGUUGCAAGUGUUGCUUCAUGCUCCCCCUUUGAGAAAUUACUUCCUUGGUGAUAGACAUAACAGAGAAAUUUGCAGAAAGAUGUCCUCAGAUCGAUUGUGUCUGCCUUGUGACAUUGAUCUUAUGUUCUCAGCUGUGUUCUCUGGUGAUCGGACCCCUUAUAGUCCAGCUCGGUUUCUUUACAGUUGGUGGCAGCAUUCUGAAAACCUUGCUACCUAUGAGCAGCAGGAUGCUCAUGAGUUCUUCAUUUCAAUGCUGGAUAGGAUCCAUGACAAAGAGGGGAAAGCGAGUUUGGCCACCAAAGAUAAUGGAGAUUGCCAGUGUAUUGCUCAUAGGGCGUUCUAUGGGCUCUUGAGAUCUGACGUCACUUGUGCAUCAUGCGGUUUCACGUCAACAACUCAUGAUCCUUGUAUGGACAUUUCUCUUGACUUGAGUGCCUGCAACUCCAACCGAAAGGAUUUUGCUUGUAAGUCCAGCAAGCCAAAUGAAUCUCUUAUAGGUUGCUUGGACCUCUUCACAAGACCAGAAAAGUUGGGAUCCGAUCAGAAACUGUACUGUGAAAAUUGUCAGGAGAAGCAAGACGCUUUGAAACAAAUGUCCAUCAAAAAGCUCCCACUUGUUCUCUGCUUUCAUAUAAAACGAUUCGAACAUUCUCCUACCAGAAAAAUGUCCAGAAAGAUCGACCGCCACAUGCAAUUCCCUUUCUCAUUGGACAUGAAACCAUACUUAGCAUCUUCAAUUGUAAGAAAAAGAUACGGGAAUAGGAUCUUUUCGUUUGACAAUGAUGAAUCAGAUGUUUCUACAGAAUUUGAAAUAUUUGCAGUGGUCACACAUUCAGGAAUGCUGGAAUCUGGUCACUAUGUGACUUAUUUGCGUUUGAGAAACCAAUGGUACAAAUGUGAUGAUGCAUGGAUAACUGAAGUCGAUGAAGAAGUUGUUAGGGCCUCACAAUGCUAUCUGAUGUACUAUGUACAGAAGAUGAUAUACCACAAGAGCUGUGAGGAUGUUAGCUGCCAGCCAAUGUCAUUGCGAGCAGACACAUUUGUUCCGAUAGCUGGUUGCUGCUAGAACUACUGAGUUUGUGCAACGGACUUGAAUAGCUUGUUUGCAUCAUUGGGGUCACGAACCAUGAGGGUAGGUCUAGGGGACUCUCCACCAGCCAAGGCAUUCCCGUAAGAGGGAUGAGUCUCCAAAUUUGGAUUGCAAGAUCAAAAGCUGAAAACUUGUGGGGGAGUUUCUUGAUGAGAAUUCUUACAAAGAUGGAGCCAGCAGCUUGAUGGCAUGUUUGGUCCAGAAUUAUUUUUCCUUUUGAGGCCUUAAAAGGAGUCUUAUGAAUGUACAGUAACUUAACAAUGUCAGGGGCAUCUUUCUUUUGGACCCUUUCUCAUCUCUUCAAGAUUCUGAUGUUGUUCAUUAUUGGCUUCUUAAAAGUGAUUCCAUUACCUGCUGGUUUGUUUGAGAUUGUGUUUAACUUAUAACAUGUAACCUAAUUUAUAAUUCUUAUAAUACUAGAUAUUAUUGACCCGCAAUCAAGUAUUUUUGUAUUUUUUUAAGUACAAUUAAUUUGUAUCUUUAGUUUUAACUUUUUCUUUGCUAAUUAUAUUUGUGGUAUUUGAUUUGAGAGUCA